UCCAGCUGCAUCCCCGCCUCGUUAACUCGUUCUGACGUGGUGACGAGCAAACUGACACUUCUGCCGGUUGACCGGGCAGGAAAGACUCAAACUCACGGGAUGUCAAGACUGGAACCGGACAAACAUGUGAAAAGGCGAAUCUUGAGUUGCGAUGAAGUAGCCUAGUUGGAAGGAAAGGCUACGAUAGAGGAAAAGAUGGCGAACAACUCAACUUUAGACGUGUUUUCUAACAGAACAGGACAGAAUUCAUCUCAACCGUCUCCGUUCACUGAAAUCCGGGAGAAUCCGCUGAAGACGUAUCUCCUGGGAAUCAUCAUUUCAAUAUGUGGGAACUUCCUCAUCAGCAUUUCUCUGAAUAUACAGAAAUACGCCCACAUGCGCCAGUCCCAGCUCGGCGACUCCAGGCCCUACUACACGUCAGUGCUGUGGUGGAGCGGCGUGGUUCUGAUGGGACUAGGGGAGCUGGGGAACUUCGCAGCCUACGGCUUCGCCCCGGCCUCCCUCAUCGCACCACUGGGCUGUGUUUCAGUCAUAGCCAGUGCGGUCAUCUCUGUGGUGUUCCUUAAAGAGACGCUACGAGCCUCUGAUGUUGUUGGUGGUGCACUAGCAGUGGUGGGAACCUAUCUCCUGGUCACCUUUGCCCCCCACACCUCCACCCACAUCACCGCCCACCUGGUCCAGAGAUACGCUGUCAGCUGGCAGUUCCUGAUUUACCUGUUUCUAGAGGUCGUAGUGUUUUCUAUCCUGCUCUAUUUGUACAAGAGGAGGAAUAUCAAGCAUAUAACCAUAGUGAUGCUGCUGGUGGCUCUGCUGGCCUCCCUGACGGUGAUCUCCGUCAAAGCUGUGUCUGGGAUGAUCACGGAGUCCAUAAAGGGAGAUCUCCAGCUCACCUACCCCAUCUUCUACGUCAUGGUGGUUGUCAUGGUGGCCUCCUGUGCCUUCCAGAUAAAAGGCCUCUCUUUAACCUUCGCUGUUCUCAGGUUCCUUAAUCAAGCCAUGAAGAUGUUUGACGCCACGGAGGUCGUCCCCAUCAACUUUGUGUUCUUCACUGCCAGUGCCAUUACCGCAGGAAUAGUAUUUUACCAGGAAUUCCAGGGCUUGGCUUUGCUCAAUAUUUUAAUGUUUCUCUUUGGCUGCCUGCUCUCAUUCAUUGGAGUCUUCCUGAUAGCCAGAGACAGACCCAAGAUCAAGACUGAAAACAUAACCUUCAUAGCCAUGGGGAAAAUACCAGGGAGAAAAUGUAAGGACAAGGUCCAGCCGGAGGCUAAAAGCAACGCAUACGGAUCUCUGGCAGCUAAACUCAUGUGUAACAAACCUGGCCCACAGGACGACUCCUAAUAUCAGCCACACCUGUCUGUCUGUGUACAGAGACUACCUGUGUCAACACUACACAUCUCUCUCCUGGGUUGCCAGACUGACUGUCUACAGGGACAAAGUGAGAGCACUGUCUCCAUUAGCAAAAAAUUCCCCAGAUUUUCCAGAAAUCCUAGUAUCUUCUAACUCGCUCCUGAUUCCAGGAGACUUGCCAGAAGCAGGAUUUCUGGGAAAAACCUGGACAUCUUUGGGAAAGUUACAAUUGUCAGGGAAUUGAACUCUGUUGCUACAGAUACUGAGGAGACGUCUCAGGAUCGAACCCAAGUGCACUACAGACACAAAUAAAACCUUAUUUAAUUCUCAAGGAGGUGGCUGUCUGGAGGAACCACCUGAUAUUCUGUUAAUACGAAAGCAACUGUUGGAUCGAAUUUCUGAUGAGAUGGUUUCAAUCAUUGAUUUGUUAAUAAACUGGAAUGUGAUAUUUACAAAGUGUUUCUCGAGCUCCCGGCUGGCAAAGGAGGUGCACCAGCGCACUCUACUGGUCGUAACAAUAAUUACUAUUUAAAUGUGAGGUGUUUUUAAAGCGUCAGACGUUCUUUGUUUAAGCUAAUAAAUACGGACCAGGCUUCGGGAAGGAUGGC